AUGUGCAGCCCAUUACCUCGUCUCACGCCAGCCUGGGGCCGUUUCCCCCGGGGGGUCCCCAGCCCUGCUCCCCGGAGCCCCCGGCGGGCCACCCUAUCAGGAGCAGCUCUCCCCAGCAUCACUGCCCGCUCGGCCAGACGCCUGGCUGUCGUCCGAUCCAGGAAGAAGCCCUUGGAGGAAACAAAGGUGUCUCGGAGGGAGAAGACGGCCAUCCUGAAACGACCCAGACCCUGGACCCCAGACCCUCAAGACCCAGACCCUGACCCAGACCCAGACCCUCAGGACCCAGACCCUGGACCCCAGACCCUCAAGACCCAGACCCUGACCCAGACCCAGACCCUCAGGACCCAGACCCUGGACCCCAGACCCUCAAGACCCAGACCCAGACCCUCAGGACCCAGACCCUCAGGACCCAGACCCUGGACCCCAGACCCUCAAGACCCAGACCCUGACCCAGACCCAGACCCUCAGGACCCAGACCCUGGACCCCAGACCCUCAAGACCCAGACCCAGACCCUCAGGACCCAGACCCUCAGGACCCAGACCCUGGACCCCAGACCCUCAAGACCCUGA